AUGCAAUCAUCAGUCCCGCCGCAGGCUAAUGCUCCUGUACCUGAUCCGCCGUUUGUUAGCAACGAUCUGGAUGCACCAUGUCUGUCUGAUCAAGAUCAACAGCACAUUGCCAACUGGCAAGCAGAUAUGGAGUAUUGUCCACGAUGCAGAACCCGCUGGCUCAACCAGAGAAUGCAAAAUGGCAUCUGCCAUUCCUGUCACUAUCGUGAUGUGAUUCCUCGCGGUCGUGCUACUCGUAACCAACGACAAGAAGAAGGCGAACCAUACUUCUGGUCUCGGGAUAACAAUCUUGAUCCCGGCGACAUUCCUCUUGAGUUGCCAGAGCUGACUCAAGUCGAGGAAAUGCUUAUCUCUCGGGUUCACGUUCAUGUUCAGGUUGUGGCAUACCGUGGACAACAGUACAAGUACAAAGGUCAUGUCGUCAACUUUCUCAAGGACGUCGGUCAGGUCUAUCGCCAACUUCCAUUAUUACCAAGAGAGCUUGAUGUUAUUGUGCUUCGUCCUCGAAACCAAACCGCCCAGCCGCACAUGAUCCGCCAAUUCCGAGGACAAUUCCGAGUUCGCCAAGGCCACAUCCGCCAGUGGCUCGAGUUCCUACGUGCCAAUCAUCCAGGCUAUCGCGAGAUUGUCAUCGAUGAAGAGCAUCUCAAUCACUUACCACAGGAUGGCGAUGUCACCGAUCAGCUCAUUACUGAGCUUAUUGACCUAGUUGAGAUUGAAGAAUUCCUUCAGGAUGAUAUAGAUGAAGUAUUAGGAGAUCCCAACCUGUGGGAAGCUGCAGCUGUACCCAACUUCAUCGCUCAGGAGCGUGAUCUUACCUACUUGCUCUCCGAGCUGGAGAUGCCUCAUAUUCGGAGCACACCUCUCAAUGAGUUCAAUCGUUCUCAGGCUCUGCUGUCGUUGGCCUUUCCUACACUAUUUCCUACAGGCGAAGGUGACUUCAUCGAACCGCGACAGCGAAGCGUUACAUACUCUGACUAUAUUGAACGUCUGAUGAAGUUCCACGAUGGGCGUUUCGCUAGGCAUCCUCGCUUUCCAUAUGUUGCCUUAACACCUUGA